CGCAGCAGGCAGAAGCAGGCGGAGAACGGAGCCGGGAAGAGAGCGGCUGGGGGAGCCGGCUGCCCCUGGCUGCUGGAUCUCCGCACUCCCGCCGACUCUCCCCCACUUGCCGGCGCUGGACUGUGAGAGCCACGCACCAGCGCCAGAUAGCAACGACCCGCGGGCUCCUGCUGCUUGGCUUGGAUUAAAUUGGCCGCCCCGGAGUCCAGCGAGAGGAGGUGGCGGCGGCGGAGGAAAGCGCUGGUGGUGGCGGGCGGGCAGGCGGCGGCGGUGGCUGCUGCUGGGACUGGGGGAGCCAGCAUGACCAGGCUCUGAAAAUACUUCAUCAGAAAUUUCAGACUGCACAGACUCAUAGUGGCUUCUGAGCCAGUGAGACCGAGGCUGCCAAAGCAUGCUGGUGCCAAGCUGUCGGAUGAUGCACAUAGCCAGGCCAGUGGUGGUGCUCCUGUGCUUUCUGCUUUCUGCUGAUGCUGAAACACCGCCAAAGUUUACAAGAACUCCCGUUGAUCAGACAGGGGUCUCUGGAGGAGUCGCAUCAUUCAUCUGCCAAGCUACAGGAGACCCAAGACCUAAAAUUGUCUGGAAUAAAAAGGGAAAGAAAGUCAGCAAUCAGAGAUUUGAGGUAAUAGAAUUUGAUGAUGGAUCUGGAUCAGUUCUCAGAAUACAGCCUCUGCGGACUCCACGAGAUGAAGCUAUUUAUGAAUGUGUUGCUUCCAAUAGUGUUGGAGAAAUAAGUGUGUCCACGAGACUCACUGUUUUACGUGAGGAUCAAAUUCCUCGUGGUUUUCCCACCAUUGAUAUGGGUCCCCAGUUGAAGGUGGUCGAACGCACUCGCACAGCCACUAUGUUAUGCGCAGCCAGCGGCAAUCCUGAUCCUGAAAUAACUUGGUUCAAAGAUUUCUUACCUGUUGACACAAGCAACAACAAUGGACGUAUCAAACAAUUACGAUCAGAAUCUAUUGGUGGUACACCAAUACGAGGUGCCCUCCAAAUUGAACUGAGCGAAGAAUCUGACCAAGGCAAAUAUGAGUGUGUUGCAACCAACAGUGCGGGUACACGCUAUUCUGCCCCUGCCAAUCUAUAUGUCAGAGAGCUGCGAGAAGUUCGCCGGGUCCCACCAAGGUUCUCUAUCCCACCUACCAAUCAUGAGAUCAUGCCGGGAGGGAGUGUUAACAUCACCUGUGUUGCCGUGGGGUCACCAAUGCCAUAUGUGAAAUGGAUGCUGGGAGCUGAAGAUCUGACACCCGAAGAUGAUAUGCCAAUAGGGAGGAAUGUCCUUGAGCUUAAUGAUGUCAGGCAGUCUGCAAACUACACUUGUGUUGCUAUGUCCACCCUUGGUGUUAUAGAAGCAAUAGCACAGAUAACUGUCAAAGCCUUACCCAAACCUCCAGGAACUCCUGUGGUGACGGAAAGCACAGCAACAAGCAUAACGUUGACCUGGGAUUCUGGGAACCCUGAGCCAGUCUCUUACUACAUAAUCCAACAUAAACCUAAAAACUCUGAGGAACUGUAUAAAGAAAUUGAUGGGGUGGCUACAACACGCUACAGUGUUGCAGGUCUAAGCCCAUAUUCAGAAUAUGAAUUCAGGGUAGUUGCUGUAAAUAAUAUUGGACGGGGCCCACCCAGUGAGCCAGUAUCAACAAGGACCUCAGAACAAGCACCAUCUAGUGCACCUCGUAGUGUACAGGCUCGUAUGUUGAGCUCAACUACAAUUUUGGUACAAUGGGAAGAACCUGAGGAACCAAAUGGCCAGAUUCAAGGAUAUAGAGUUUAUUACACCAUGGAUCCCACCCAACAUGUCAACAGCUGGAUGAAACACAAUGUGGCUGACAGCCAUAUCACCACUAUUGGAAAUUUGGUACCACAGAAAACAUAUUCUGUGAAGGUUCUUGCUUUUACUUCUGUCGGGGAUGGACCCCUGUCUACUGACAUUCAAGUCAUCACUCAGACAGGAGUCCCAGGGCAACCGCUGAACUUCAAAGCAGAACCUGAAUCUGAAACAAGCAUAUUACUUUCUUGGACCCCUCCCCGCUCUGACACCAUUUCCAGCUAUGAACUGGUUUACAAAGAUGGGGACCAGGGUGAAGAGCAACGUGUUUCUAUUGAGCCGACUACAUCUUACCGCCUGCAAAGCCUGAAGCCAAACAGCUUGUACUACUUCCGUCUGGCUGCCCGCUCUCCACAAGGCCUGGGUGCUUCAACUGCAGAAAUCUCAGCAAGAACCAUGCAGUCAAAGCCAUCAGCUCCUCCUCAAGACAUUAGUUGCACCAGCCCCAGCUCCACUAGCAUUUUGGUAAGUUGGCAACCUCCACCGGUGGAAAAACAGAAUGGCAUUAUCACAGAAUAUUCAAUCAAGUACAUUGGGAUUGAUGGGGAAGAUGACAAGCCCCAUGAAAUUUUGGGAAUUGCUUCGGACACUACUCAGUACCUUUUGGAACAGUUGGAAAAAUGGACUGAAUACCGGAUCUCUGUGACUGCCCACACUGAUGUCGGACCUGGCCCAGAGAGCUUAGCAGUAUUGAUUCGGACAGAUGAAGAUGUUCCUAGUGGUCCUCCUCGCAAAGUCGAGGUAGAGGCUGUCAACUCUACCUCUGUUAAAGUGUCAUGGCGCUCGCCUGUACCCAAUAAGCAGCAUGGUCAGAUCCGAGGAUACCAGGUUCAUUACGUGAGGAUGGAAAAUGGAGAGCCAAAGGGUCAACCCAUGCUGAAGGAUAUCAUGCUGGCUGAUGCACAGUGGGAAUAUGAUGAUACUGCUGAACAUGAAAUGAUCAUUUCUGGACUACAGCCUGAAACUACAUACUCCCUCACUGUGACAGCCUACACAACAAAAGGAGAUGGAGCACGUAGCAAGCCCAAACUAGUGUCUACCACUGGUGCAGUUCCAGGAAAACCUCGGCUUGUGAUUAGCCACACACAGAUGAACACGGCUCUUAUUCAGUGGCACCCUCCUGUCGAUACCUUUGGCCCCCUGCAGGGUUACCGCCUGAAGUUUGGCCGCAAAGACUUGGAUAUGUUUACAACGCUGGAGUUCUCAGAGAAAGAAGACCACUUCACAGCCACAGACAUUCACAAAGGAGCUUCUUAUCUCUUCAGGCUUUCAGCUAGAAAUAAAGUGGGCUAUGGGGAGGAGAUGGUAAAAGAGAUUUCUAUUCCAGAAGAGGUACCCAAUGGAUUCCCUCAGAACCUCCAUUCAGAAAGCUCCACCUCUACGUCGGUCCAAUUAACUUGGCAGCCACCAGUCUUAGCAGAGCGAAAUGGCAUUAUCACCAAAUACACCCUGCUGUACAGAGAUAUAAAUGUUGCACACUACCCAGUUGAGCUCCCCAUUGUUCCUGCUGAUACCACUAUGACACUUUCUGGCUUAAAACCAGAUACUACAUAUGAUGUAAAAGUACGUGCCCACACAAGCAAAGGGCCCGGUCCAUAUAGUCCAAGUGUCCAGUUCAGGACACUGCCCGUGGAUCAAGCAGUGUUUGCAAAAAAUUUUCAUGUAAAAGCAGUAAUGAAGACGUCAGUAUUACUGUCUUGGGAGAUUCCAGAGAAUUACAAUUCUGCCAUGCCUUUCAAAAUCCUUUACGAUGAUGGGAAAAUGGUGGUUGAGGUGGAUGGUCGAGCCACUCAGAAACUUAUCACUAACUUGAAGCCAGAGACAUCAUAUUCCUUUGUUCUGACGAAUAGGGGGAACAGUGCUGGAGGUCUUCAGCAUAGGGUUACAGCAAAAACUGCACCAGAUGUACUGCGCACCAAGCCAGUCUUCAUUGGGAAGACCAACUUAGAUGGGAUGAUAACUGUGGAACUUCCUGAAGUACCUGCAAAUGAGAAUAUAAAAGGUUAUUAUAUAGUAAUUGUACCUUUGAAGAAGUCUCAUGGAAAGUUUAUCAAACCAUGGGAAAGUCCGGAUGAAAUGGAAUUAGAUGAGCUACUUAAGGAGAUAGUUAGGAAACGCAGAAGCAUUCGUUUUGGGAGAGAAGUUGAAUUAAAGCCAUACAUUGCAGCUCACUUUGAAGUUCUUCCUACUGAGUUCACCCUGGGGGAUAAAAAGCAGUAUGGUGGCUUUGAGAAUAAGCAACUCCAAAGCGGUCAAGAAUAUGUCUUCUUUGUUCUGGCUGUAAUGGAGCACUCUGAAUCUACGAUGUAUGCAACCAGCCCAUAUUCUGAUCCUGUUGUGUCAAUGGAUCUUGAUCCCCAGCCAAUUACAGAUGAAGAAGAAGGCUUGAUUUGGGUUGUAGGACCAGUUCUUGCAGUGGUGUUUAUCAUCUGCAUUGUUAUAGCUAUACUUCUUUAUAAAAGCAGUAAACCUGACAGGAAGAGGGCUGAAUCUGACUCUAGAAAAAGCAGCAUACCCAACAGCAAGGAAAUUCCUUCUCAUCAUCCCACAGAUCCAGUGGAGCUGCGACGCCUUAAUUUUCAAACUCCAGCUUUGAGCAGUAAUUCAGUCCCCUACGCUUCCCUGAUUGGCUCUGUGUCCUCCCUCUCUAGCCAAACUACCACUCAGUCCUUAUAUGAUAAUAACUCUCUCCCACGAUUCGCUCGAAAAGGUAUGGCUAACCAUCCUCCAAUACCUAUCUUGGAACUUGCAGAUCACAUUGAAAGAUUGAAAGCUAAUGACAAUUUGAAGUUCUCACAGGAAUAUGAGUCAAUUGACCCUGGCCAGCAGUUCACGUGGGAGCAUUCUAACUUGGAAGUAAACAAACCAAAGAAUAGAUAUGCAAAUGUAAUUGCAUAUGACCAUUCUCGUGUUCUGCUUUCAGCAAUAGAAGGCAUACCUGGAAGUGACUAUGUCAAUGCCAACUACAUAGAUGGGUACAGAAAGCAGAAUGCUUACAUAGCAACACAAGGGGCUCUCCCAGAAACCUUUGGAGAUUUCUGGAGAAUGAUGUGGGAGCAACGGGGUGCAACUGUAGUCAUGAUGACAAAACUGGAGGAAAGGUCCAGGGUGAAGUGUGAUCAGUACUGGCCAAGCAGAGGGACAGAGACAUAUGGGCUGAUCCAAGUGACCCUGCUAGACACUGUUGAAUUGGCAACAUACUGUGUUCGAACAUUUGCACUUUACAAGAAUGGUUCAAGUGAGAAAAGAGAAGUGCGGCAAUUCCAAUUCACUGCCUGGCCUGACCACGGAGUUCCAGAACAUCCUACGCCAUUCCUAGCUUUCCUACGACGAGUCAAAACUUGUAACCCUCCUGAUGCUGGACCUAUGGUGGUGCAUUGCAGUGCUGGAGUCGGCAGGACUGGCUGCUUCAUUGUAAUAGAUGCCAUGUUAGAGAGAAUAAAGCAUGAAAAGACUGUAGAUAUUUAUGGCCACGUAACUCUAAUGAGAGCCCAGAGGAAUUACAUGGUUCAAACAGAGGACCAAUACAUCUUUAUCCAUGAUGCACUGCUGGAAGCAGUGACAUGUGGAAAUACCGAAGUGCCAGCCAGAAAUCUGUAUGCAUAUAUUCAGAAGCUGACACAGAUAGAAACAGGAGAGAAUGUCACAGGAAUGGAACUGGAAUUUAAGCGUCUAGCUAGCUCUAAAGCUCAUACUUCAAGAUUCAUCAGUGCCAACCUUCCAUGUAAUAAAUUCAAAAAUCGCCUUGUUAAUAUUAUGCCAUAUGAAUCAACGAGGGUAUGUUUGCAGCCGAUCCGAGGAGUAGAAGGCUCUGAUUAUAUCAAUGCCAGUUUUAUUGAUGGAUACAGGCAACAAAAAGCUUACAUAGCUACACAGGGACCUCUGGCAGAGACAACUGAAGAUUUCUGGAGGAUGCUCUGGGAGCAUAACUCCACAAUCAUAGUCAUGCUUACUAAACUGCGAGAAAUGGGCAGAGAAAAAUGCCACCAGUACUGGCCAGCAGAGCGUUCAGCCAGAUAUCAGUACUUUGUGGUGGAUCCCAUGGCAGAGUACAACAUGCCACAGUAUAUCUUAAGGGAAUUCAAGGUCACAGAUGCCAGGGAUGGCCAGUCCCGAACAGUGAGGCAAUUCCAGUUCACUGACUGGCCAGAACAAGGAGUGCCAAAGUCUGGAGAAGGAUUUAUUGACUUCAUAGGCCAAGUUCAUAAAACAAAAGAGCAGUUUGGUCAGGAUGGACCGAUCUCUGUUCAUUGUAGUGCAGGUGUUGGGAGGACUGGAGUAUUCAUAACCCUGAGCAUCGUGUUGGAAAGAAUGAGAUAUGAAGGUGUUGUAGAUAUCUUCCAGACAGUCAAAAUGUUAAGAACACAACGGCCAGCCAUGGUACAGACAGAGGAUCAAUACCAGUUUGGCUAUCGAGCCGCACUGGAAUAUCUGGGCAGCUUUGAUCACUAUGCAACGUAAAACCCCCUGACCCAUCUUGGAUUUUUACUGCAGGCCCUUUAAGAUCCAGAGAGCCUCUUCUGAGCCAUACAGUGUGCUUGAGAAGUACUUCUUAACUCCUAGCUAAAGACCAAUUAGUGGGAAUAUUAAAAAAAAAAAACAACCACACACACACACACACACAAAACAACCCAAGAACUAUUCCAGGUGGACCAAGAAUUCACAGUUUAAUAACCUAACCAGAAAUAUAAUAAAAGAAUCCUGACUGGUGAGGCGUCUGAAGGAUCUCAUUUACAGAUACCUCAAGGAUUCAACUUUGGUUGAAAUUAAAGGGAAGAGGAAAUUAUUGCAAAGAACCAUCAUCUUGUUCAGGAUUGCAUGAUUGUUGCAAAGAUGAAUCUUGAGAGUACUGCAAUUCAGUGCAAGAUGUUUGUUAAAAGGCCAGUACCUGGCUUCUUAAAACAAAAUGGACUCUUUGCUUCAACAUCACCCCUUCCCACCAUAAUGCUUAUAAUAACACUUUAGGGGAAAUGGGGGAAUGUUUAAAAAGAAAGUCCUUGAUUUAGUUUUUUAGUAUUGUAAAGAUACUGCUGACCUGUGCUUCAUUUUUAACUGUGUAAACUUUUUCCUUUUUUUAACAAGAGUUUAUCAUUUGAUGAAGUGAAUUUAAAAAAAAAAGUUGCAUAACUGUUCAUUUUUUGUUUCAGAAUUGUAGAUUUUUUUAAGCUGUAGAACUGUUAUCUGUAAUAUCUUGCUGUAGAAAUGUUAAAUAAUUGAAAAUUUGCACAUUUUUGUGCAGUCCUAUAUUUAUCUACAGUACCACAUUCUUCUUAGAUAUUACAGUUUGGUUUAAUUUUGUUUUUAUUUUAAAAAGAAAUACUCUUAAUCAGUUAAUCAAAGUGGGGCUUUUUUGGUUUCUUUUGGAAUCAACAGGGAGGCGCAAAGUAUAAAGCUGCUACUAACACACACACACUGCUCUCUUUAUAAUUCUCUAUCCAUAUCUAUCUCUAGAUAUAUCUACAGAUAUACAGACAGAUAGAUAGAUACACACAUAAAUAUAUAUAGAUGCAUCAGUUCUUCCAUGACUUGGAUUUAUUGAAGUGGUGGGAAAGUUUUCCAGAAUACUACAUUCAACCCAUAUGGUACUUUUUGAACAUCUCUGCAUUUCCAAAGUCCAUAGCUUCUUGGUAAGAAGGGAAAUGAGGAAUGCACAUCAGUGAUAUUUGACCCUCACCCCAACUCAAAAAAAAAAAUUGUUUAUAUACACACAGUCACACAAAGACACACAUUAUGUGGUUGAGGCUUCCAGUGAAGUUCAAUAUUUGUAACACUAUAGUGCAAUAACAAACCAUAUUAUUAAGUAUAGGAGGUGUGCAUGUGGAAAAGGUCAGUGCAUAUCCCUUUAGGAGGGUAGAAUGUUGUAAUAUACUAGCUAUCAAGAUGUUUAAAAGUGUAUUCAGUCAUAUAUUGUCUAUAGUAUGUGCUAUGAAAUUUGCAUUUAGGAUGUGUAACAGAGCAAAGCCAAACUCAUGUUGCUCUGUUAAUAAAUUAGAAAUAUUUUGUGGCAUACAGCAUUAUUUAGAGAUGCUGGUUUUUAUUUUUAUUUCACAUUUAGAGUGCCUUAUAUUUGAUGCCUAUUUUGAUAGCAUAUCUUUAAGUUUUGUUAUGUCUGUACUUACAUUAGUUAAUUCAUAUCUUUGUUACUCUUUUCAAUUAAAGCAUUAUCUUUUUAGCACAUGUACAAAAACACUUUGAAUAAUACGCAUUCCUGGUUUUUAACCGAAUAUGGGAUGUUAAUAAAUGCAAGCCCAAAACACUUGGGUAGUCAGGGCUCUUUAUCCUUUCAUAAUUCCAACAACAGACAUGGCCACUACUUUAAGGUUCCUUCCAAAUUGGCUCUCAUAAACCAUAGUGUUGAUGAUUAUGGUAUUGCCAUUGCAGAGAUGUAGGACUACACUAGUAGUAAGUUGUAGUUGUUGUUAGCUGUACUCAUGCAUCAUUCUUUUGAUUUUGGGCCAAAUCCUGCUCAUUGUACACGUCAGUAGGCCCACUGAAGUCAAAUUAUUGGUCGCAAUGGGACCGUUAGUAUGGGUAAGGCAAGCAGGAUUUAGCCCUCAGAGUAUGCUUUAAAAUGACUUUAGAUUUCCAUUUGAGAGAAAAAAAUUCUUUAAACAAUGUUAAAUAUUUUCUGAGACUGUAUAUAAAGCCAUUUACAGUGGCCCAGGUCUCUGCCAUGCCUUGUUCCAUGUUAGCACACAAAAAUCAAAGGAACUCUUUCUUUCAGGUGUCAGAUAAGAACCAUACGUAUAGUUCAGCUAUGUUGCUGUAACAUACAGGAUUUAUUUUUUCUUCCAUAUUUCCCAUCACUAGUAGAAAGAAAUGUAUGAAAGACCAAACACUAGCAAGCAUUGUAUUUGAGCACUUUUGUAGAAAAAAAAAUAAAACAAAACAAAAAACAAAUAUAAAUAUAUAUAUAUAUAAUAAUAAUUAUAAAAGUAUUAUAGAAGGCUACCUCAAGAACGAAAUUCUAUAACUUAUAUCAGAACCAGAGAAGAAUGUGCACUAUGUUUCUUUUUUCUUCUUCUUCUUUUUGAUUUGUAUCUUUUGAAGAAUUAUUAAAGUGCCAGAUUACGUAGUGCAGUCAUGUUCUUUUAGCCAAAUGUAGUCAGAUAUACACACCAUUUUAGAAGCACAGACUAGGGAGGGCUGUUGCACACCAGAGCUGUUAACAGGUCAGAGAGUCUUCUCUCCAUGAAACUUUUGCAAAUUCUAAAGAAAAAGGGGGAAAAAAUCAGAAAUAAAUAGUGAGGGAAAGUAUUGUAGGACAAAUGAGACUGCAAAAAUUCCAGUAAUCUUGCAGUUCAGGAGUUGUUUCUAAAGAUAACUCUGUUAGCAUCAUUGAUGUGCAUUCCACUUUCUGUACACUAAUGUAUAGUCAUUCUAUAGUUAAUUUAAAGAAGCAUCUUUAUCUGCAUUUACCAUAAUCUUCCAAGCUUAGAAUUGGUUUCAUCAGCAUAACCAGUACGGUGCUAUUAUUUACCUAUGUAUGUGUAGUUAUGUAUAAUUUUGUAAUUAGUUACAAUGGGAAAAAAAAACUCAAAAUAUAUAAAAAUGAUUUGUACAGAACUUUAUUUUAGCUCUUUUUUUAAAAAUGAUUGCAUGGUUAGACAAUGGAGAGGCUGGCUGGGGGAAGGGAGGGCCCUCUAGGGAGAUCUGCACUUUCUAUACCUUUGUACUAUGCACUGCCCUAUUGAUUCUACACCCAAUAAUGUUAUUACUUGAACCCAUCUGUAAGGAACUGCUUAUGAAAAUCCACUUACGUGUAUGUAAAUAACACAGAACAUGUAAAAAUGGGGGUGGGGGGGGAGUUUGCAACAACAACAAAUGCAACAGCUUUUUUUUCCUUUUAUUCUUCCUUCCUUCCUUUUUUUUUCCAUUUUUCUUCUUUAUUUUUUUGUUGGUUGGUUGAUUGUUUUUUUUCGUUUGGGGUGCCCUGAUACUCCAGCAGAUAUCAGAAGGCUGCAAGUCCCGUCAUCCCCAUCUGUUACGUGGCUUUGCCAUUCAAGCUUGGAGUGUCUUUACAAAGAUAAUAAAAGUUGUGUUCUUUGCUCUCGUUUUGGAUGCAUAGACUGAAAAAUUAAAAAAAAAUUACCUUGUAAAAUGGCUUGUUAAAAAAAUACAAUUACCUCUAAUUAGUAGUACGCGUAAAUGUUUUACAGAAUGAAAGGCGUGCUUUUUAUUUUCUUACUUCGUUACAUUGGUGGCGAAAGAAAGUCUGUAUGAAAAUCAGUUCUUUGCUGACACAAGUUCCAUUUGUUACAAAUGAAUUCUAAUAAAAAUGUCAGUGUUAUGCA